AUGUGUUUGCAAGACCAACCUGAAACUAGUGAUCAACCCAAAAAUAAUGACCAAUCCAAAAAUAAUGACCAAUCCAAAACUAGUGACCAACCCGAAACUAGUGAUAAACCCGAAACUAGUGACCAACCUAAAUAUUUAUUACUAUACCAAAGUAUUUAUAAAGAAUUGUAUAAUGAUUUAUAUAAAAAUAGUUGUAGAUAUUAUGAGCCAGAAGAUAGUUGUGAAGAGGAUAAGCCAGAAGAUAGCAUAUUGAAAGAAAUUUAUAACUUUGAAAUAAGAACAGUAAGAGUGGAAAAGGGUGAGAGUAAUUGGGCAAGAAAGACAUAUAAGUGCCAUCAUGGUGGAAAAUAUGUAUCAAAAAAAAGAUUGAAUUCUACACAAAAUAGAGAUCGAGAAUCAGUCUGUAUUAAUUGUGGGUUUACAGAUUCUCUUCAAGAAUUCUUACUAGCAUUACGUAGGAUACCAGAUGAUAUAAUGAAUGAAAUCAAAUUUUAUAUACAAGAGUAUCAAUUAGGGGCUACUGUUUUAAAAAAAAUAUUAAGAAAAAAGUAUCUAGAUCAAAACAUUUACUACCAAGAUCUUUAUAAUGCAAUACAUAAAUUUAAAGCUGCUUUGGAGGAUUGUUCAGAAGGUGUUUUGAGUAAAAUAUGGAAGGUUAAGCAUCUUCAAACUAUUACAAAUAAAUCUCAGCAAAAAAUAUUUGAUGAAUCUUUUAUAAAUUUAGAUUCAAAAAAAGAAAUAUAUAGCCGUAAUAUUGGGCUAUGCAAAAAGGCUUUAAAUUUGGCAAUUUUAAACAAUUCUAGUGAAGCUUUUGAAGAGUUUUUACAACAAUUUAUUAAAAAGCAAAAUAAAAUGUCUACAGAAUCUUCUGAAGAUUCUAAUAAUAUUAAUAAUAUCACAGAUCUGAUUUAG